AAACAAUGAUUUUGUGUUUCUUAAGUGAGGAAUUCGACCAAGAGGUAUGACAUUCAUUAACUCUUCUUUUUUUUUUAAUAGGUAAUUAAUUAUUUUACACAUGGAUUCUUUGGAGAAAAAGAACAGUAAGGGAAAAAGGGUGAAUUUAGAGUUAGAAUGUCCACCUUUAUCCAAGAAGAACAAGUCACACAAGGGUGGAUUCUCUGUGCAGACCAAAAGACCUUGUGUAAAAGACUUGGUUGCUGCUUGGAAUAGUCUAAGUAAUCUUGACAAAGUGAGGUUUGACAAGAAAUUUGGCAAAAUAGCUGAUUUGUUGCAAGUAGAGCCGGACUGGGAAAUCAUUAGGGCAAGCCUAAGAUUUUAUGUUCCGCAUCUUCGUGGCUUUGUUUUUCCUGAGUUUGAGUUGGUACCUACCAUUGAAGAAUAUUUUCAGUUAUUGUUCAGUCGCCCAGAAAUGAGUUCAGAAGUUUAUGUCCCAGACCCUGUUAACUUUCAAUUAAAUAAGUUGCAAUUUCAGUCCAUACUACAAAGGAUAUUGAGCUUUCCUUUAGAGUUCACAGAAGGUUGCAUUAUGAAGAAAAAUGAAGUUUGGGGAGUUAAUUGGAAUAUGAUGUAUUCCAAAUUAAAGUUUGAUCUAAGUUCACUUUCUGAGGAGGACCGGUUAAAUUUUGUUGCCUUGGGGAUAUAUGGAAUGGUUAUUUUGCCCACUAAUAUGGAUAGUAUUAGUUCAUCAGUUGUAGCCAUGUUCAAGCAGUUGAUCAAGAAUCCAAAUCUUAAUGUUGCUCCGGUUUUAAUUGCUGAAACUCUACGUGAUGCUGACUAUAUUCGAGCUCAUGGCAAGGGUAGAUUCACAUGUUCUGCUGGUUUGUUUACAAUAUGGAUACAUGCACAUUUAUCAAAGAUCCCGUUAUUGGGCGUUCGAGGAGCUAUUAGCUAUAGUUCAGCAUUAGUGAUGAGGCAAUUUCGUGAUAGGCAAAGUAAACCAUUGCUAGAUGGUAUCACUUCAUAUGGGUUUGAUUAUUCUCUUGAUACUCAAGUAAUUAAUCAAAUUGGCUUUGCUAAGGAAGUAUGGUCACAAUGUGAAGUUCGUUUCUCAAGGAACAAGAUUUCAGUCACUUCUGAGUUUGAAGAAUGGAGGAAAGUUUGGCUUCAAGACAUAGUUAUCCCUUAUGACAUUCCUAUCAUUAAAGAAGCUAUCAUUGUGGAUUUGAAGAAAAGAAUAGAGGAGCUAGAAGGUUUGUCGUGUGCUCAAAGGGUCAAGCAUGAAAAUGAGAUUAGAGAGAAAAAUAUGGACAUUUAUUUUCUGGAAGGAAAUGUUUCGGUGGCAAAUCUCCCUGUGGCCACAUCUGCUUUAACUCUUGGGAAGGAGCCUAUGUUAUCUGGCCCUCUUGAUCCAAUUAUUGGUGGAACCUCUGGGACAAAACCAUUUGUUCUAAAUGCUGGUGUUGCUACAGUUCAGUCUAAUGGUCAAGAAGAGAUUCAAGUUGUCAAGUCAAUCACAGAGGAUGAAGACAAGGCAAUUAAAGUGAAGGUGCAGUUGAUGGAGGAAACACUAAAAUCGAUGCAAGGUGUCCAAACUAAUAAACCGGUUGACAUCUCAUCUUUGUGCUUUUUCCCAAACAUUCAACUGCCCCAUAAGUUUAAAUUGCCUGAGUUGAUAAGUACAAUGACACUGGUUGUCCUUAUGCCCACUUGACAAUGUAUUGUAGGAAGAUGGCUCCUUAUGCCAAUGAUGAGAAGCUAAUGAUACAUUACUUUCAGGACAGUCUGACAGGUCC